UUUAGACGCUUGAUAGGAAAGGUUUGUUCAGCUAGGAAGAGUGACCGUACAUUAUGUCUGUUACUAAACUAAAGGCUUUCACCGGAAAAUAUCAAUUCUACACGCGAGAUUGAUACAUAUUCACGAAUUCGAAGACGAAGAGGUUUUUUACUGUGUUUGGUGAUGACUGAAAACGGGCGGAAGUAACUUUAUCUUGUCUGUCUCUCUCUUUCUCUCUGUCUCUCUGCUGCAGUGUCUGAAUGCCAAAGUUAGAAGUCAUGGAGCUGGGCAGGCAGCUGUGUGGGAAGAUGAAGAAACAGAAGAAGGUGGAGUUGGCCAUCCCUGCCGUCAUGAAAGGCCUCGAGAUCCACUUCUACCUGCCUGACACCCACCAACUUGAGUACUUUAAAGACUGCCACACUGCAGAGGACCUGUGUGAAGAGGCCGCCAAGAGAUGUCGUAUUUCACCCCUGUGCCAUAACCUGUUUGCCCUGUAUGAAGAAAGUCAGGAGCUCUGGUAUGCACCCAAUCAUGUAUUCAAGAUCACUGAAGACACCAGUAUUAAGCUUCACUACCGCAUGAGGUUUUAUUUCACAAACUGGCACGGAACUUCUGAUAAAGAGUCUCCUGUGUGGCGCCAUUCUUUGAGCAAACAGAAGGGGGCUAAAGGCCCGGAGGGAACGCCAUUGCUUGAUGCUGCCUCUCUUGACUACCUGUUUGCUCAGGGACAGUAUGAUUUUCUGAGGGGACUGGCACCGGUACGUAUGCCCCAGAGUGAGGCGGAGCUCCAUGAGAUAGAGAAUGAGUGCCUGGGCAUGGCUGUCCUCGCCAUCACUCAUCAUGCCAAGAGCAACAACCUGCCCCUGUCAGGAUCAGGGGCAGAAACCAGCUACAAGCGUUUUAUUCCUGAGAGCCUCAACCGCACCAUUAAGCAGCGCAGCUUCCUGACUCGUAUGCGUAUCAGCAACGUUUUUAAGAACUUCCUUAAUGAGUUCAACAGCAAGACCAUCCGGGACAGUAAUAUCACCCUAUAUGACCUGAAGGUGAAGUACCUCUCCACGCUGGAGACGCUGACAUGGGGCUUGGGCUGUGAAACGGUGGAACCUAAAAGCCUGCGCGUGUGUGGGGAGGGUGAGGUCUCACCUACACACACCCCCAGCAUGGGGGAUGAGGGACAGGGUUACGAAGUGCAGGUGUGUGGCACAACUGGCAUCUCAUGGAGGAAGAAGCUUCAGCAGAAUGCGCUGACUCUCAAAGACAGAAGUAAAUCACGGAAGACAAAGACUGAUUACAAACAGAACAAUGACAAAACGAACGAUGCCAGCAAUGGAUGGAUCCUCUUCUCUGACUUUUAUGAAAUCACUCACAUCGUCACAAAAGAGGCUGGCAUCACCAUAUACAGACAGGACAACAAAACCAUGGAGCUACAGUUGGGCUAUCGCGAAGAGGCUCUGGCUUUUGCUGCGCUGGUGGACGGAUAUUUCAGACUGACCGUAGAUGCCCAUCACUACCUCUGCACUGAGGUAGCGCCUUCUUCUGUGGUACAGAAUCUGCAGAACGGCUGCCACGGACCCAUCUGUACGGAGUAUGCCAUUCACAAACUGAGGCAGGAGGGCAAUGAAGAGGGCUCCUAUGUCCUGCGAUGGAGCUGUACAGACUAUGACUAUAUCAUCAUGACUGUCGUCUGCAUGGAGCUGGACUUGUGCCAGUCCAGGCCUGUUCCCCAGUAUAAGAACUUCCAGAUCGAGGUGGGUUCUCAGGGCUUCAGGCUGUUUGGGACAGAAACGUUCAGGACGAGUCUAAAAGAGCUGCUGGAGCACCUGCAGGGUCAGAGCCUCCGCACAGAGAACCUGCGAUUUCAGUUGCGCCGCUGCUGUCCUCCACAGCCCCGAGAGGUUUCCAAUCUUUUGGUGAUGACCUCUGACAGAGAGCCCGUCCCACAGAGACAGCCUCAAGUCAGCCAGCUGAGUUUCCACCGCAUCCGUAAUGAGGAGAUUGUCCAGGGAGAACAUUUGGGUCUGGGCACCAGGACCAACAUCUAUGCAGGUGUGCUGAAGAUGAAAAGUGAGGAUGAGGAUGAUUUGGGGAGCUGCUGCGCAUCACAGGAGGUGAAGGUGGUACUGAAAGUGCUCGGCUCUGGACACAGGGAUAUAUCUCUGGCCUUCUUUGAGACAGCCAGCAUGAUGCGACAGGUCUCACACAAACACAUCGCCUUGUUGUUUGGAGUGUGUGUGCAUCACCAGGAGAAUAUUAUGGUUGAGGAGUUUGUGCAGUUCGGUCCUCUUGAUCUGUUCAUGCGCAGAGAGACUGUUCCUCUCAGCACUUCAUGGAAGUUCCAGGUGGCCAAACAGCUGGCAAGCGCCCUCAGUUAUCUGGAGGAUAAGAAGCUUGUGCAUGGGUACGUUUGUGCUAAGAACAUUCUUUUGGCUCGAGACGGACUGGACAGCGAUGGCGGUCCCUUCAUCAAGCUUAGUGACCCUGGCAUCCCCAUCACCGUGCUAACCCGAGAGGAGUGUGUGGACCGGAUUCCUUGGAUUGCUCCCGAGUGUGUGCAGGAUACGGCUAACCUGAGCGUAGCAGCAGAUAAGUGGGGCUUUGGCACAACUCUGUGGGAGAUAUGCUAUAACGGAGAAAUUCCUCUGAAAGACAAGAAACUCACUGAGAAGGAGAGGUUUUACGCAGCUCAGUGUCACUUGGCCACACCAGACUGUGAGGAGCUUGCCAAUCUCAUGACCCACUGCAUGACCUACGACCCUCACCAAAGACCCUUCUUCAGGGCCAUUGUCCGAGACAUUGACAUGGUGGAAAAACAGAAUCCCUCUAUUAAGCCUGUACCCACCCUAGAGGUCGACCCCACCGUGUUUGAGAAGAGAUUCCUCAAGAAGAUCAGAGACCUGGGAGAGGGGCAUUUUGGAAAGGUGGAGCUGUGCCGAUAUGACCCGCGCGGGGAUCGGACAGGAGAGCUGGUGGCAGUAAAGUCCCUGAAACCAGAGAGCCGAGAAGAGCAAAGCGGCAAUCUGUGGUGUGAAAUUGACAUCCUGAAAGAGCUCUACCAUGAGAACAUUGUCAAAUACAAAGGCAUCUGCCAGGAGGAGGGUGGCAGAUCCACCAAACUCAUUAUGGAGUAUUUACCAGCAGGCAGUCUGAAGGAAUACUUGCCCAGGAACAAACUACAGACCAAUCUGAAGACCCUGCUAAGCUACGCUGUCCAAAUCUGCCAGGGUAUGGAUUAUCUGGGCUCUCGGAAUUACAUCCACCGAGACCUGGCUGCUCGGAACGUCCUGGUGGAGAACGAGAGCACGGUGAAGAUUGGAGACUUUGGCCUGACUAAAAGCAUUAAAGACAACGAGGGCUAUUACACAGUGAAGGAUGACCUGGACAGCCCUGUGUUUUGGUAUGCUCCAGAAUGCCUGGUUCACUGUAAGUUCUACAGGGCAUCAGAUGUCUGGUCAUUUGGAGUGACUAUGUACGAACUCCUGACAUACUGCGAUGCCUCGUGCAGCCCCAUGUCGGUCUUCCUCAAAAUGAUUGGACCAACCCAUGGCCAGAUGACAGUCACCAGAUUGGUCAAGGUUCUGGAGGAGGGGAAGAGAUUGCCUAAGCCAGAGAUCUGCUCAGACAAGGUGUACGCUUUAAUGAAGAGGUGCUGGGAGAGCACACCUGACAAAAGGAUCGAUUUCAAAGGCCUCAUCGCUGCUUUUCAGCAAAUGCUUGGUGACGGCAUGUAACCAUGGAAAUCAGCUGCAUUACACACUCCACCUGCCUGACCAGAGACAGUGCGAGGGGUCGCCACGGUGAACUUUUUACUCAAAGAAGACUUCAGGAGAACAUUUUCCACUGACUUGUCCAGAAGGAUCUUUCACAUGCUGUGUUAUAUUGUUUUACUCACAUACUGUGUGUCACGGUAUUACCACAGAGUGCAGCCAUUAUGCAAAGUGACAUCAUCACUCAACCACAGGGCACAAAGCAGCACCUACAUCACUCACUAUGAGUUUGCAAGUAUAGACCUACACGCCUCUAUUCUGUUAAACAUACACCUACACUUCCUCUACUGAAAUCAGUGACUGCACCGAAUUAUUACUUUGUGUUCAAUGCCAUUUUAUAUUCUUAAUGUACUUUUUGCAGAGCUGUGUUACACAGUUUCAGCAGUGUGCGUUUGUGUAAUCGGUCAUUUGUGCAAUGCAGGAUGUUGUUUGCUGAAACGUGUCACAUGUCGCACGUACAAAGAGAGAAAGAAAAGCUACAGGAAGUGUUUUGCCACGUGUCAUGAGGCAGAUUUGCUUGUGAAGCUGGAUUUGUGCUGCCGAGGGGACGACACGUCUGCACGGAGAUAUGCAGAGUUGGGAGAAUGUUUCUCCUUUUCCAUGGAACGUUCUGGAACAGCACUUGGUCCUGUGUUUUCAUAUGAUUUUAUUUCUCAUGCAGUUCCCUCUUCUCUUGAGCCUUCUCUUUUCCAUGAAAGACUGAAAAGGACAUGCAUCUUGGAAUCUGGAAGGCAGUAUUUUUUUGCCGUGCAUUGAUUGACAUUAAAUGCCUACAAUAGGCACUAGAGGACAGUAGAGAUUACAGAAUAUCCCCUUAUAUCUAGUAAGACGUAUACUUGCUUAAAUCUUACAUAAACUAAAAUAGCAUUUUAAAUCUGGAAAUCGCUGAGCCUGAAUAUUUUAUCAUUUGUAUCUAUAGAAAUUAAAGGCAAAAUAUAUUGGGGCCAGUAUGCAUUGUUAUAAAGAUGUAUUCUCAUUA